GAACUUUCUUCCCCUCCUGCUCCGGAGCGUUCAAAACCCGCUGCCUUAAGAUGAUGCGGAAACUUCGGGGAAGCAGCGAACUCUGAACCGUUUUCCCCCUUUCUUGCUUUAAAAACCCAACUGUUCCCCCCUUCGCCGCUGCAGCCUGCGGGAGCCCCGUGAUUUCUGCGUCCCUUUCUGGAUAUUUUGGGGCCGCUUCGAUGCUUCCCCCCCGACUCGGGUUCCUGCCCUGCUGGAUUUUACGCUGACAAGCAAAUAUAACUUUUCAGAGAAAAGUUGGCCACGGACAUCAACCUGGAUUUGCACGGUCCACGAGAGACUCUCCUCUCCCGGCGGACUUUGUCGGAUAAGCCCGUUUCAAUCUAGGACUCCCGCACGAACGCUUUUUUAUGGGAUAAGCCUCCCGCCCCGAAGGUUCUAGGUUUCCGCUGGAGCAGGCCACGAUGCUGAGACUCUUCCUGAGCGCCCUCUUCCCGUGCCUGAGUCUUGCUCCUCCGCCUCCCAUCAACAAGCUCGCCCUGUUUCCGGACAAGAACGCCUGGUGCGAGGCCAAAAACAUCACCCAGAUUGUUGGCCACAAUGGGUGCAAGUCCAAAGCCAUCCAAAACAGGGCGUGCCUGGGCCAGUGCUUCAGCUACAGCGUCCCGAACACCCUGCCUCAGUCCACGGAGUCCCUGGUGCACUGCGACUCCUGCAUGCCUUCCAAAAUCCAGUGGGACAUUGUAGCGCUGGACUGCCCCGGCAAUGAAGAGCACCCUCGGGUGGAGAAACUGGUGGAAAAAAUCCUUCAGUGCAGCUGCCAGGCCUGCGUGAAGGACCUGGCGCACGACGGUCUGCUCCUAAACGUCUACCUGAAAACCGAGGAUCCCCUUCCCCCCAAAGGCCCCAACUCCCCCUCCCUCGGCCUGCACCCCGGGGAAGACGCCGCCAAGCCCCCGCCCCGCCAGCCGGAAGACGAGACGAAGGACUGAGCUCAAGCCACCCCUCUUCCGCUUCUCUCCUCCUCUCUCUUUCUCCUUCCCCUCUCAACUAUCCAUCCCGCUUUGGUGAAAGGGAAGAAGAGGCAGCUCUUUCUGGAGACCCAGGGAGCCCCACGGCCGCCCCAGAGAGAACAAGGGAGCUGGGCUGGAGGGUGCGGAUUUGGGGCGCAGCGUGACGUUGGAAGGACAAGGAAGAAGAGAGGCUCCUUGGAGAACUGGCAGGGGAAGGACUUCAGCAAGAUGGAGUCGCCCUUGCCACCUUGCGGAGGGACCCAUUUUUUUCUUCACCAGGCGGGGAGUCCGCCGGCUCCCGACGCCUCUGGUCGGGGAUGCUGAAAUGGGAGGUCGCCAGCAGACAGGCCGUCUUCACGGCCUCCAUUCUGACGUCGCUUGCCCACCACCAGGCAGAAGAAACGUGGAUUUUCUGGCCACGUCCCUGAGUGCGUGACCCGACUGAGAAGAAAUCCUGUUAGUCAGUGUUAUGGACUUUUAUCAAAACGGAGCGUUAACUUGUUUGAAUCCUCUUCCUUUUCCCUGAGGCCUCUGUAGCUGUGUGAAGGCGAGGAAGGGGGGCUGGGAAGGAGAAGUCACCCCAAACCCCAGUUUAAACCCUAGCAUAGACUUGCAUCUCAAGCUUUCUCCAUGGUUCCCAGUCAUUGAAACAUCUGGACUGUGUGUGUUGAAGGUCAAAAUCCAAACCAGGGGUGGGGUCCUUCAGGAGUCUUGGACUUCGGUUUCCAUCAGCACCAGCCAAGAAGGCAGUGGGCCAGAGGCUCUGGGAUGGGAGUUGGAGUCCAAAAUACCUGGAGGACACUGUCCAAGCCAUCUACCAACGCCUUUGGGACUUGCCCUUAGGCUCCCAGUGCCCAGAUAAUGUCCGGUCUUCCUCAAUCCAGAUGACAUCAAGCCGCACUUCCCAUGACUGGCCACCGGGCACGAUCCAUCCAUGGCCAUCUCUGCAGUUAAUCUACUCGCA